UUCAACCUCUCCUCAAUUUCAAUGGCUUCUUCUUCCUCCUCUUCUUCUUCUUCUUCUUCUUCUUUUUCUUCUUCUCUAUCCACAGUUCUUCUCUUCCUUCUCUCCUUAGUCUUCGCUUUUCAUUUCCGGUGAAUUUCUAAAUCUCCGAUUGUCUUUUCAGAUACUCGUUCCUCACUCUCUCUUUCUCUCUCUAGGAUUCUCAGGGUUUUUCCGCCAUUUGCAACUUUGGAUUGAUCGAAAAACAAAAUUCUUUGUUUCUUCCAAUGGUGUUCAAUUCGAGCAAAAGAAACGAAAGACGUCGGAGACCAACUCCGCCACCACCAUCACCACCUCCAACACCAUCACCACCACCAUCACCACCACCAUCCUCAUUAGUAUCACGACAGCCGAGAACAAACACCAGAGCUAACAACAACGCAAGAGCAAUGGCUACUUCUUCCAAUGUCAAAUCGCCCCUUCACAACUUCUCCUUGUCUGACCUCAAAUGGGGCAGUAACCAAACCAAGCACAAGCGCCUUCGCAAGCUAGGCGACAAACUGACAAUACGCGAGGCCCAUUCCUCAUCCGCUAAUCGGACAGAGAAUCCGGUGCGAGCAGCCCCCGAAAUCCGGAAGCCGGAGAAGAACAAAGUGAUCGAUGCGGGCCCCCCUCGCAAGGUGGACCUAUCGGAGAAGAAUCCUCUCUUCGUCAAGACCUGGAACUUGAGGCCGAGGAAGCCUGCCCCCAAGGGUGUGAAUGGAAAUAGUGGCAGCGUACCGAAGGGUCUGACUGGAAAUGGUGGCCGCGCACCCAUGGGCGUUAGGGACGAGGCGCAGGACAGAAAAGCUCGGGGAUCGAGCCGACCUGAAUUUGUCCGGUCUAGGAGCGGUGCGGACGCAAAAAUGGCAGCUGAGGCGAAGGAGAAGGAGCAGGGGUUCUCCAUCUCGCUUUCCAAGGAAGAGAUUGAUGAGGAUAUAUUCCUGAUGACCGGGUCUAAACCCAGCAGGCGGCCCAAGAAGAGAAGCAAGGCAAUGCAGAAGCAGCUCGAUAAUGUGUUUCCUGGUUUAUGGUUGUCCUCGAUCUCUCCUGACUCCUACAAGGGUUAGAUGAAAUUUUCGAGAACUUUUUAUGCUGGAGUCGAGUGGAAAGUUCCUGAGUGCUGCAGGUUUUUUUUUUUCACAGUUGAAGCCCGGCACUUCUCUAAUUGAGCACAUUCAACUGGAGGCACACAACAUCAGUUACUUGUAAAAACUGAGAAGAGCAAGAAAUGUGAAAUUUGAGAUGUUCUUUGGGGGAUAGCAUCAUUGUGAUGGUGGUUGAUAUGAUAUAUUGACAGCUGUCCAAAGAUGGUGCUCAUGCUUGCGUUAAGGUUUACUGAGAGAAGCAAACACUUCCAGAUUUCUUGAUGUUCCUUCCAAGACAAAUUUUAUAAACAAUAGGAUUAUUUUUUCCUUGCUUGCAUUUACCAAAAGGAGAUGAAGAAAUUUGUCAUAUUUGGAAAUAUUGCGAAUUUGGUAAUAUAAGCACUUCUCUAAUUGAGCACAUUCAGCUGGAGGUACACAACAUCAGUUACUUGUAAAAACUGAGAAGAGCGAGCAUAUGAGAAAUCUGGGCUGUUCUUUGGGGGAUAACCUCGUUGCAAUGGAGGUUGAUAUGAUGAUAUUGACAGCUGUCCGAAGAUGAUGCUCAUGCUUGCUUUAAGGUUCAAACUGAGAGAAGCAAACACUUCCAGAUUUCUUGAUGUUCCUUUCAAGACAAAUUUUAUAAACAAUAGAAUUAUUUUUUCCUUGCUUGCACUUACCAAAAAGGAGAUGAAGAAAUUUGUCAUAUUUGGAAAUAAGAGCACUUCUCUAAUUGAGCACAUUCAGCUGGAGGUACACAACAUCAGUUACUUGUAAAAACUGAGAAGAGCGAGAAUAUGAGAAAUCUGAGCUGUUCUUUGGGGGAUAACCUGGUUGCAAUGGAGGUUGAUAUGAUGAUAUUGACAGCUGUCCGAAGAUGAUGCUCAUGCUUGCUUUAAGGUUCAAACUGAGAGAAGCAAACACUUCCAGAUUUCUUGAUGUUCCUUUCAAGACAAAUUUUAUAAACAAUAGAAUUAUUUUUUCCUUGCUUGCACUUACCAAAAGGAGAUGAAGAAAUUUGUCAUAUUUGGAAAUGAGAGCACUUCUCUAAUUGAGCACAUUCAGCUGGAGGUACACAACAUCAGUUACUUGUAAAAAGUGAGAAGAGCAAGAAUAUGAGAAAGCUGAGCUGUUCUAUGGGGGAUAACCUUGUUGCAAUGGAGGUUAAUAUGAUGAUAUUGACAGCUGUCGAAAGAUGAUGCUCAUGCUUACUUUCAGGUUUACUGAGAGAAGCAAACACUUCCAGAUUUCUUGAUGUUCCUUUCAAGACAAAUUUUAUGAACAAUAGGAUUAUUUUUUCCUUGCUUGCAUUUACCAAAGGAGAUGAAGAAAUUUGUCAUAUUUGGAAAUAUUGCGAAUUUGGUAAUAUGAGCACUUCUCUAAUACAUUCAACUGGAGGCACACAACAUCAGUUACUUGUAAAAACUGAGAAGAGCAGGGAUAUGUGAAAUCUGAGCUGUUCUUUGGGGGAUAACCUCGUUGCCAUGGAGGUUGAUAUGAUGAUAUUGACAGCUGUCCAAAGAUGGUGCUAAUCUGUGGGCACUAUUUUCUUGUCCAAUGGGUUGAAAUAAAUUGAAGUACUUGCAGUAAAAGAACCUUUGAUCCUGCAGUUUUCUAAACUGUCCAUUUUAUGAUCGAGGAUACAUGGUGGAAGCUAUAUUUUCAUCCUAUUUUUGUUUAUUGAGCAGUUAUAAUAGAAAGGAUUGGGGUUUAUAUUGGACGGUUUGGUAUGGUGAGAAAUGCUUGUCGACAUGGAAAACUUGAUCUUUCCCAGCCUGAGUCAAGUGAGAUGGUACUAAUUCCUCGUGGGCGUAUGCUGGUUUGAUGGUAGUGAAGAGUGAGGUUGAGAAAAGGACCGAAGGCAGAGAAGAGAAUGAUGGUUGCAGAGAACUGGCAUCUGUUGUCGGUUGGAUUAGUAAAUGAUGAAUACGGUGGAUGAGAUAUGAUUGGGAUGGGAGUAAUUUGUGGAAGUUUUGGUUGAACAGCCAAUUCAUUUGUUUUGAGUUAUUAUGGUAUAUGUGUGCAUAUAUGGUGUAUGCUGCUGGGGAAAAAUAUGGGCAGGUCCAGGUGGGAAGAGCCUUAAUUAAGAAGUUGCCUUUUGAAUUUUAAGGUAGAGGAUUUGGAUUUGGUGAGAUUUUCCUAUUCUUUAUCCAUGGAUUUCAUGUGAUCCUUUUUGGAUAUAACUAUUGUUUGGUGUUUUAAGAAAGAAGAUUUUUUCUUACCCUUUUA